AUGGCACAGAGCAAGCGACCCAACUUCCUGGUCAUCGUUGCCGACGACCUUGGAUUCUCUGAUCUUGGCUGCUACGGCAGCGAGAUCAGAACGCCCAACGUGGAUAAGUUGGCGCAGUCUGGUGUCCGAUUUACCGACUUCCACGCAGCCGCAGCAUGUAGUCCCACGCGUGCCAUGAUCUUGACGGGCACCGAUCAUCAUAUUGCGGGACUGGGAAACCUGAUCGAGCUCACCAACGGCUCCAGCAAGAAUGCCUUCCAGGGCAUCAAGCUCGACACGGCACCGCAGCGUGGCAUGCCGGGGUACGAGGGCUAUCUGAACGAACGGGUAGUCACCAUGUCGGAGAUUCUGCGCGACGAAGGCUAUCACACCUUGCUUUCUGGCAAGUGGCACCUUGGCCUGACACCGCAGCGAGCCCCGUUCACAAGGGGGUUUGAACGCUCGUUCGCCCAUUUGCCCGCGUGCUCCAGCCAUUUCGCCUUUGAGCCUGCCAUGCCCGAGGAUGAGGAGGCGCCCCCGUUCAUGGCUGCAGGCUACAUUGCUUUACACAUGGAGAACGACAAGUUCGUGAAGAAGCUGCCGGCCGACUGGUAUUCCUCGGAUGGAUAUGGCGAUAUCCUCAAGGGAUAUCUACAAGACUGGCAUGAGAAGGAAGACGAAGACCGCCCCUUCUUUGCCUACCUCCCAUUCACUGCACCGCACUGGCCGCUGCAAGCUCCUCAGGAGUAUAUCAAGAACCACAAGGGAGUCUACGACGACGGGCCGGACGCUUUACGGCUCCGCCGCCUGGAGCGGCUUAAGGAAAUCGGCAUGGUCCGUCUAGACGUGGAGCCAGCGCCUGUAGAAGCCGACGAGGUGUCGGAGUGGUCAGACCUUGGCCCUGAGGAGCAGGCACUGUCGAGCAAGUCUAUGGAGGUGUACGCCGGCAUGGUGGAGUGCAUCCACGCGAAUGUCGGCAAGGUGGUGGACUACCUUGCAGAAAUCGGCGAGCUGGACAACACUUUUGUGUGCUUCAUGUCAGACAACGGCGCCGAGGGUGCUGCCUACGAAGCGUACCCCGUCUUCCAAGGAGGUCCCAUGGCGCACUUGCAGCGCUACUACGACAACUCGCUCGAGAAUCUGGGCAACCCCAACUCGUUUAUUUGGUACGGACCACGCUGGGCGCAGGCGGCGACGGCGCCAAGCAAACUGUACAAGGGCUUCACCUCUGAGGGUGGUGUGCGCGUGCCAAUGGUCGCGAGGUUCCCGUCUCACCUGCAGCAGAGCAGCCUUGCCAGCGCCAUCUCGGACAAGUUUUCCACCGUCAUGGACCUGGCCCCCACGAUCCUGGAGAUGGCGGGGGCAAAGCAUCCGGGGACGCAAUAUCAGGGCCGUGAGGUCGUGCCCAUGCGCGGCAAGAGCAUGUUGCCGUACAUCACCGGCACCGCCGACUCGAUACACGGACAGGACUUCAUCCAAGGCUGGGAGAUGUGUGGCCGUGCGGCCGUGCGCCAUGGCGACUGGAAGAUCCUCUACAUCCCCAAGCCACGCGGCCCCGAACGAUGGCAGUUAUUCAACCUAGUCUCCGACCCGGGAGAGGUGCAUGAUGUAAGCGGACAGCAUCCCGACAUGUUGAACAAAAUGAUCAAGAUGUGGGAUCAGUACGUGCUGGAGACCGGUGUGAUCCCGCUCAGCCCCAAGCUGGGCGAGUACAUUGCCGCGACCGAAGCCCAAAUGCCCGAGGGCGGCUGGAUGGAAUAUUACUUCUGGAAGAAGGGUGCCAGGGAGAAUCCCGAGAAAUUUAUGAAUCAGCCGCCUCGCUUCCAGAGGGCCUUGAAGCAGUUCUAA